AACACUGCUCAAACAUGGUUAAGCAAUUUUAAGAGUUAAUUGCAAAUUUUUGUUGAUCUUGGAGCAUCCCAAGAGAUUUCAAACCUUUGCCCCCAGAGGGAACAAAAUCAAAAUAUAGUGUGCAACAAUAUGGGAGGAGGUGAACAAGACGAGAAACAUGAGGAUGAAGAAGUUGAUCAUGAGAAAAAGGAUAAGAAGAAGAAUAAAAAGGAAAAGAAAGAGAAAGACGAUGAAGAUGAGCAUGGUGAUGAAGAAAACUCUAAGGAAAAGAGUAAGAAGGAUAAGAAGAAGGAUAAGAACAAAGAAGAGAAAAACCCUGAAGAUAAGAAAGAUCCUGCCAAACUGAGGCAAAAGCUUGAGAAACUUGAGUCCAAGAUGCAAGCUUUGGUGGCUAAGAGAGAUGAACUCUUGAGGCUUCUUAAUGAUGUUGAACAAGGUUCCACUAAUGAAGCCAUUACUGAAACUGAUACGCCAGUCACAUCUUAAGAUCACUCUAAACCCUUAUAAUUAAUACAUUAACCAUUGUUUGGUAUUUCUAAAUGUAUGUAUAUCUAAAAAUGAUAUAUGUAUAUGUAUACGUAUGUAUAUAUACGUAAUUAUGCUACAAUUGUGGGAGUUAGCCAAUAUUUAGUAGUAUUGGCAGUAUUAUUAUUAAACUCCUGGGUUUUGUAUUUUAUACAAUCAAAAGCUAGUUUGUAUUUAAUUUUCCAGUAAUAAACUAAAUUCCUAGCAUGUAUGAUUUAA